AUGGCUUUGAGAUUGUUUGCCCUUGGGUUGGUUGCACAUUUGGUUGAGGGUGGGCUCGUUGGUGCCUGGGUCAGCUUGCAUUUUGGCAGCUGCUUCGAAGCUUCAGCAGUAGGGCAGUGUUGCGGUCCAGGGGCUCCUGUUGCUGUGGGGCUGGUCUUGGCUCGUGGCUGUGUUGAGUCGGUGGAAGGUGGGAACAGUACGUCCCAGCACCUGUACAAGGAAUUCCGGAAGUGUUUUCGUACGCCUCCGAAGAGUGGGGAGAUAUUGCUCUCAGGCCAUUUGAUCGAGCGGCCCAUGUUUGAGAAGGGUUCGGUGCCGCCCACUGCUGCUCGGAGGACUGGGAAGAUGCCAUGAAUGGACUUUCAAAGAAGACAAAUUCUGAGAUGAUCUGAGAUAGGUACGUCUUACGAAGAAUGUGGUCGGUUGGCACCUCGUAGGGCAGGUUUACCACAACGAUUGAAACAAUUAACCCGGUAAGAUUGGCCGGGGCAAGAAUCCUCAUUCCGAAUUCAUACAUGCAGGGGACCUAGCUGAACACCUCACUCCUGGUCACUGAUCAAAAGCAUAGAAAAGCAAUGGAGGAGCUUUCUACGUGGGCGUCUUAUUUGAGCUGCCAAUGAGCCAGCAUUGUGUGGCUUGGCUAAGCAGAAGCUUUGGAAAGGACGGCGCUGAGUGGCAUAGAACAACACACUUCUUCAUAAGCGUUCUUUGAAGAGCUGCGUCAUUGCAAAGACUGUCAUGUUCAUGCCCAGGUUCUUGAAACAAAGUUGUGGCCUACAUUCUGAAACAGCCUUCACUUCUGCAAAGCAGUAUCUUAAUCUGGUCCUUGAUUGGAUACAUUUGAGUCGAUGCAUACUGCAUUUUUCUUGUUAAAGAACUGCAGUCUUCAAGGUGCAUCUCGUUAGAAUCCACGUCAGAAGUUUGGGGCCAGCAUGAAUCGAGGCC